AUGACUAAGUCAAGCAAGAACGACACGUAUGAUGUCGAUGUCAAUAGCCUCAAGACCGAUAUUGAAAGAGGAGAGAUACAAAGCGUUGAUGAUAUUGGUGAGGUACAUAGAGGAUUGAGUUCGAGACAUCUUCAGUUCAUCGCAUUGUGUGGUUCUAUUGGAACUGCACUCUUCGUUGGUUCGGGUAUACCGUUGUCCACCUGCGGUCCAGCACCUCUUUUGAUCAGUUACCUUGUUGUGUGCUGUGCCGUCUAUUUUAUUAUGAACUUCUUGUCAGAGAUGGUUUGUUGGUUACCUGUAAAAGGAAUAUCUCCAGCUAAUAUGGUUUCGCGCUAUGCUGAGCCAUCGAUGGGGUUUGCAUGUGGUUGGACGUACUGGUAUAGUUAUGCUAUUUUGGUUGCGUCUGAAAACACAGCUGCGGCAAUGGUAAUCCAAUAUUGGGUCAGUAAUGAGAGAGUUAAUAUAGGAGUUUGGAUCACAAUUUUUUGGAUUGUUAUGGUAAUUGUGAACUUUUGUGCCGUCAAAUAUUACGGCGAAUCAGAAUUCUGGUUUGGUAUCAUAAAGCUCUCUUGCAUUAUUGGUCUAAUUAUUUGCGGGAUCGUUAUCUUCUUUGGUGGAGCACCAACUCAUGAUAGAUUGGGAUUUAGGUACUGGCAGCAUCCAGGUUCUUUCGCAGAACAUUUGGUGAAAUCCAAAAAAAAUACUGCCCGAUUCCUUGACGUAUGGACAGCAAUAGUGAGGUCUUCACUUGCUUUUGUCUUGGGUCCGGAACUUAUUAUUACUUCGAGUGGUGAGGUGGAAAGGCCAAGGUACAACAUUGCGAAGGCAAGCAGAAGAUUCAUUUGGAGACUCAUAUUUUUCUAUAUCUUAGGAGUUAUUGUUAUCACUGUAACAGUCGCAUAUAAUGACAAGCAUUUAAUUGGUGCAAUCAAUGCUGGUAAAUCAGGAGCAGGUGCUUCUCCCUUUGUUAUUGGUAUCAAAAAUGCUGGUAUUCCUGUUUUGAACCACAUAGUUAACGCUGUGAUUUUCCUGUCAGCGUUAUCAUCUGGAAAUGCGUUUCUAUAUGCUAGCUCUCGUUGCCUUGUUGGCUUAGCAAAGGAGGGAUCUGCUCCAAAGUUCUUUGCAAAGACAAAUCGAUUUGGAACACCUUAUUUCGCGGUAUCAGCAGGUGCUGCCAUGGGCUUGUUAGGGUAUUUGAAUGUUUCUAAUUCCUCAGCAACAGUUUUUUAUUGGUUGACAAAUAUAAUAACAAUAGGUGGUUUUUUUGGAUGGAUUUGCUGUGGAAUAGCCUACCUCAGGUGGCGCAAAGCAAUUUCUUACAAUCAAUUGGAAUCUAGAGUGUCUUUUAGGACUCCCUUCCAGCCUUACGGUACUUGGUUUGCGAUUCUUUUCUUUUCAGUUGUAGCCAUUACCAACGGUUACGAAGUUUUCUUCUCUUGGAACACUCUGAACUUCUUUGCUGCUUAUGUUUCAUUUCCAUUCUUUUUCAUCUUAUAUUUCGGACAUAAGAUUUGGUUUAAAACACCAUGGUUAUAUAAGAUUUCAGACAUAGAUGUUACAACUGGAUUAGCUGAAAUUGAAGAAGAGGAAGCAAACGAACUCUUACCCCCUGCUCCCAAAAAUAUAUGGGAAAAAGUUCUUCAGUGGUUGUUUUGA